AUGCAUAUCCUCUCGGAGCCUGACGUGGCUCGGAUCUUCCGCGGCUUGACUCAGGCGCAAUGCCAUGAAUUCAUUGGCGUGCUAAGUGAUGCCUUGGUCGCUAUAUCCGCCGAGUCGAAGCCCGGUGUCCCAGCAUCAGAAAAGCUGAUCCACCAGCCACUACGCACUGUCUUUGCGACGAAAGCUGAGAACUCAUGCAUUUUCAUGCCAGUAUCUGACACCGCCAGUACAGGUAUCAAGGUGGUGACAGUCGCCAAGGGCGGCAUUCAGGGUGUCAUCAACAUCUUUUCACCCGAAGGGAGGCUCCAGGGCCUCCUGGCGGCCGCGGAGGUGACAGCCUUCCGCACGGCACUAGCCUCAAUGACUCUCUUCGUGCGGACCACUACCAUUCGCAAAGAAAGCGUGCUGGUCUUUGGAUCGGGUCGUCAAGCCGAGUGGCAUACCCGACUGGCCCUGCUUUUGUACUCAGACCAAAUCAAGCGAGUGACCUUCAUCAACCGUGGCCGUCAACGGCUAGAAGAAUUGGAGUCCAGCCUGUUCAGUGACCUACGCCAGCGCUAUCCCAGUGUAAAGGUGAAAUCGCUCUCUAGAGAGGGCACUCCGAACUAUGACCAGCGACUCAUUUCAGAGCUCCACGCAUGCGACGUAAUCUUUAGCUGCACACCCUCCGUCGCGCCAAACUUCUCGUACUCCGCCCUCCAGUCCGCACCUAAACAGCGCUUCAUCUCACUUAUUGGCUCCUACAAGCCAUCUAUGCAUGAAGUCGAUACAGAGACCCUACUCUCGGGUGGGGGCAAAAUUUACGUCGACUCGAAGGCUGCCUGCUUGCAAGAAUCGGGCGAGCUCAUUACGGCGAAGAUUACGGAGGAUCAGCUGACCGAAAUGGGAGAUCUUCUGGGAGAACUCGGUCCAUCGGAUGCGAUAGAUAUCCCAGAGGGCUGUAAUGUCAUUUACAAGUGUGUUGGUAUGGGUCUGAUGGACCUUGUGGUUGGAAAGAAAGUGCUCGAGGUUGGGAGCGCGAGUGGGCUAGGGACGCAUGUUGAUGGAUUUUAG